AUGGCUUUGACAACAACAUUCAGACCUAGCCUGCAGCUUGUCGUUUACUUGGGCUUAGUGUGGGCUUGUGGAAUGGUUACCCUUUGCACAGCGCAGACCACUACUUUCGCGGACAAUUAUCAAGGCAUAUUUAGCCCUAUCGAUGGGACUAAAUCUCCGGUCACCUGUCCUUCCACCGCCAUCUUCAGAACCUGGAGUACAUUGGCGGCAUGUUGCUGGCCAGAGAUGCCAGAUUGCUACUUCGCCACCAGGUGCGAUGGUGGGACCAUGUAUGAAUUCUACGGGAGUUCUUGGACCUGUGAUCAGGGCCACCCGAAUUGCUUCACCAUGACCAUAUAUGAUCGUUUCCCCUCGCAUAACAAAAGUUGGAUAGAGAUGAAUUGUGCUACAAGAUGGUCCGCCUACACCAUAUACCGCGAGUUCGAAGACUCGAUAACUUCAACGAGCAUGACACCAACUACCACACCAUCCGCGUCAACCUCGGAGCCAUCUCUCACGUCGGCUGUUACCACUCCCACCAGCAGCUCACCGUUCCUUACCGACGCCCCCAUAGACCCGAAGCCCUCGACUUCUAAAGCCUGGAUUGCCGGGCCUGUUGCCGGAGGCAUUGUCGCUCUGCUUCUGUUAGGCGCAUUGUUCUUUUGGUGGCGCCGAAGGAAGAGCGGACAAGAGAGCAGCAACACCCCUUCGAUGGCACAAACAGGAACAGCAGGUGGAUAUUUCCCCGAAUACGUCGGCAGUCCCCACGAGAACGACCACACCCCACAACUAAAUAGCCCUUCUAGCCCUCCCGCUGCUCCAUACCAUCCUUCGAAUAGUCCUCCACAUUAUAGUUCACACUCGCCGGGACCACAUGAUGCUUUCAACACGUCUCCGUACAAAUAUCCUGCUUCCGGAACCUCCAAUACGACGUCGUGGCAAGGAUCACCGAGGCCAGUGUCUGAGCUAGAUGCAACGGGAAUGCGACAUCAACAUACUAUCGCCGAGGCUCCAUGA